UAAUAAUCAAUUCUAGACAGUGCUUUAUUGCAUCAAUUUUCCGGUGGAAGGUUGUAAUUUUCUCCUCUCCAGGUCUAACCUGCUGACCAGCGCUGUCCGAGAAUCACAUCUCGUCCAAGUCUGAAUCCAAAGCGCUUUCCACUUUUAGGGUUUCCUGAGAGGAAUUCGGCGACGGAAAUGGCCGAUUCGAGAAUCCUAGGGUUUCUCUGAGACGCUAUCGGUGGUCUCACCUUUUUCCGAUGGCGGAAUCGGUCUCCUCCGCAGCAAAGACGGCCAAGGAGGAGGAGCUGGCCGAUCUGAUCCAGCGGUUCAUGGCGUCGCUCGCGGAGCUCUCCGAACGCCUCCCCUUCACUGUCGAUCGUCAGAAACUUCGAUCUAUCACAACACUUGCUGCUUUUGCCAUUGCACUUGUUUUUGCCUGGAAGCUUUUGAGAGCUCCUACAGAUCAACAAAGAAGGCAACGCAGACGCCAUGGCUCAAAUGGCCUUCCUAAUGCCAGAGCACCUGUGCCAUCUUCUGAACUUUGCUCAUCCUCUGCAGAUUCAAGAGUGCAAGAUGUAGUUGAUGAGUUCUUCCAGCCAGUGAAGCUCACUCUGGAGCAAGUUGUGAGGCAUAAAUUGAGUGAAGGAAGAAAGGUCACCUGCCGGUUACUUGGUGUAAUUCUUGAGGAAACAACUCCAGAAGAGCUUCAGGGACAUGCAACUGUGAAGUCAUCUGUGUUGGAAGUGCUUUUGGAGAUCACAAAAUUCUGUGAUGUUUAUCUCAUGGAAAGAAUUCUUGAUGAUGAAAGUGGGGGCUGCUUCCAGAUGGGCUUGGGUCAAGCCAUCCCAAUUCCCAAGCUCAAAAUAAAUGGAGAUGUUUAUGCUCAGGCCCUUAAAAGGAUAAGGUUUGAAGUCAGUCUGGCCAGGCCUUCUUGGCCUGCAGGGAAGAUGGGUGAGGGGGUGCAGACAGCAAGAGAGAUGGAGAGGGAAUGAGUUUGGUCAUUGUUAUCCCAAGCCUGGCCUUUAUUCAACCGAGGCCUACAUUUUAAUUCCUGGCCAGAGUUCACUCCAGAACCCAUUUUGUCUUGGCUUCAACCCAGUUCAAUGGAUCUUGGGCUGGUGCAGGCCCAUUAGCGGUGCUUUCGCAUGCCAAUGAAGAUACAAAUACCUUACACCAUAUCUGAUCUAAUUUCUGUUUUAACUUGAACUUUUGAGCCCCUUUAGUUUCCAAAUAGUUUUGCUUUCUUAUGAGGUAACUUGUGGGACAUAAAGAAAUUGUCAGAAAGAGACUUGUUCCCACUCAUAACUUUCCUUGUAAACUUUAUAGUUAACCUAUAUAUUCAUUCACCUUAGAUUAUUCUAGGCCCAUCUUCCACUAUGGUGAUACAUCUAAAACUUUCUGGAGCUAGGCUAAGAAGCAGGAAAGAAGUUAUCCUUUUCUUUUAUUAAAUUACUUGUACCCAGAAACUUGUGCAGACACAACUGCAUCUGGGAAUCCUUUUUGUCCGCGUGCACUUUUAUUUAGCUUGCACUCACUUGUGCAACAUGGUUGUCAUAUUAUUUCUUUAAUAUAAAUUUUUUAUAGUUUUUUAAACUCAAAUGGUUUUUGUGAGGUUCAUAGAGCAGUAUCUGGAUAUAGUAGUGUUAUUUUUACUGAAUUAACUUUUAGAAAGAAAGCAAGGAAUGAGAACUUCAAUACAAUCUUGUUGCAGACUUGUAGGUAAGGAAAUAAGGAAUGAGUAUUUUAGCAUCUUACUGCAGCCUUGUAGGCAGCAUAAGGUUUAUGUAGAUAGAGUGUCAGUCAUGGUUAGGUAAAUUUGGUUGGUUUAUUGACACAAAAAUGGUG